UCCUCCCCGGCAGGACUGUCCAAGACGGCGGAGUUUGUGAUCUCUAAGGUCGAUGAUCUGAUGAACUGGGCCCGCCGUGGCUCCAUCUGGCCCAUGACCUUUGGAUUGGCCUGCUGCGCCGUGGAGAUGAUGCACACGGGGGCUGCUCGCUACGAUUUGGAUCGGUUUGGAAUCAUUUUUAGGCCUAGUCCACGCCAGUCUGAUUGUAUGAUUGUUGCCGGAACUCUUACUAACAAGAUGGCUCCUGCUCUCCGCAAGGUGUAUGAUCAAAUGCCUGAGCCAAGGUGGGUGAUAUCUAUGGGAAGCUGUGCAAACGGUGGUGGCUACUACCACUAUUCAUAUUCUGUCGUCCGAGGUUGUGACAGGAUCGUCCCAGUCGACAUUUAUGUUCCUGGUUGCCCACCUACCGCUGAGGCGCUUCUUUAUGGGCUUCUCCAGCUGCAGAAGAGGAUUAACAGGCGCAAGGAUUUCCUCCAUUGGUGGACCAAGUGAAGACAGUUACUGCUUUUGGCUGCAUGUUUGUGGGAAAUAAAUUACGCUAUGAUAGUUUUGCCCUGGCCUCCUGAAUAAUUCAGACUAUUUCGUGUGUGAACCUGUAUUAUGUUCUUGUAUUUUAACAGCUAGUGUUGUCACUGGAUUCUACUUGUGGAUUUUAUUUUUUAUAUGAAUUUCUUGAGAAUUAUCGGUA